UAUAGACUCAUGUGAGCAUUGCUAUUUAUAUCUUCUGCAACUUGCAUUGUCAGGUGGACUCAUUAAUCAAUUAAUUUUUCAAGCCAGAAAUAUCAACAUGAUCUCACUGGAAGCACAUUCAUCAUAGGCUGCCAUCCUACAGAAGGAGCCAAAGUGGAUCGUAUGACGGCAUAUGUUAUGUUCGCUUGAUCACUUGUUAAGCAAUGGCGGACACCUGCUGACCAGUAGAACCCGAUCCACACAUUAUACCUUGCUGACCGUGGGGGUUGAUGUUGGGAUACGAAUGCACAAAUUAACGCUGCUCAAAAACAUUACAUUUCCAAGGUAAACUCAUUUCCUUUUGAUACCAAACACAAACUCAAUGCUGUGUGUUAGUGUGUGUGACUGGGAUUGUGUCCCACAAGGGCAGCGGAGACAGACAUAAAUGGACAGGGACACUCUGGGAGGGUUGCAGCAUGGUGGUCGCGGGCUCCCUCACAAACAAAGCCAUUGUUGGCAUGACACUUUAAGUGAUUAUGUGGAGUUUGCCAGCACACUUGUGCUGCUGGUGCAGUUCCAAUUAAUUACAAUCGCUCCCCCCUUGUCCCUCUGUCGUCUAUUUUAAUGGCGGGAAUUGCCACUCCCACAGGCCUACCUUAUAUGUAUGCAAGCAGGCCUGAAGGGACAGCGGAUGGAGACUUAAACUGGCGGUUGAAGCAGCUUCUUAAAGAGGCUACGCUUACAGAGCUAGCUUGGCGUAAGGGAAGUCAGGAUUUUUUUUCUUUUUCAAUAUUUUCAUGAUUUCCCAAUACAAUCCAACUCAAUUGUUUUAGUAAUACAUUUUUCAAUUGUUAAUUAGCUUUAUUAAUGUUUUUUUUUUCCCUGUGUUUGAUAUCUUUAAAACUGAAUUUUUAAAACUGUCAGUCCAUCGUUUGAUUUGGAAGGGCUUUCUUAGUUGAACACAGCAAUUGAAAGCCACUUCGGCCAGGCUGUCGUGGUGGAUGAGGAGCGCCGCUGAACUUAUAACUAGAUGGGAAACUGAGGGAUAUCAUGUGCAAGGUGCCAUGCAAGCUGACAAUUGUUCCCCGAGUCAGACCAGCAACACCUGUCCCACGCCAACGGAGAUUAGGUGGUCUGAACCGGCGAGUGUGAACAGUAACGGAGGAGUGCAACUCCCACAUACCAGAGAGAGUAUGUUCCUCUGGGCAGGAAGUAAGGGCCCUCAAGGAGGAAGUGAGAGGAGACCUAACUACCGUAAGAGCCGCGAUUACGACGUGCUGGACAAGAGGAAAACGGUCACGGCUCUGAGGGCUGGGGAGGACCGCGCCGUCCUGUUGGGCCUGGGCAUGGUGCUGGUCUCCUUCAUGAUGUACUUUGUCCUGGCCGUCACCGUACUGCGCUCCUACUCUGACAGCGUGUGGACAGAGAAAUCGAGAUGCGUCAUCGUGAACGCCACCAUCGUGUGGGACGUAAACUGCUCGUUCAGCUGCGGCGCCGAGUGCUGGAAGAGCUCCCGUUACCCCUGCCUCCAGGUCUACGUCAGCCUCAACUCCUCGGGGAAGGUGGUGCGCCUGUCCCACAACGAGGAGAGCCAGGACAGGAACCCUGAGUGCUUCUAUGUGCCAAAGUGCCAGAAGGACUACGCCGCGACGCACGCCACGGUCCUGAACAUAUCCGAGCGCCUCCGCUCCCAGCGCACCGUGCUCUGCUUCGUCGACCCAGACGACCGGGCGGAGAACGCCAUCCUGACCCAGAUCUACGGCCAGGUGGCGGUGUUCCACUCCCUCUUCUGGCCCACCUGCACCUUCAUCGUGGGCAGCAUCAUCAUCGCCAUGGUCAAGCUCACCCAACACCUGUCCGUCAUGUGCGAGCAGCUGAGCCGAAUUAAAAGAUGAGGAUUGAAUGCACCCUCCCGGGCGCCACAAGAACAAUUGGGGGGGGGGGGGGGGGGAAGCAAAGCCAUGGCAGUGGCUCUGUCGAGAGGAGAAGUUCAAAGGCGACGGCGUGGCCCAUGCAUUGUACCUGGUUGAUGUACUGCACCUUGCACACCAGGGAGCUCCCAAAGUCAUAUCUCAAUGGCAGUCUUAAAACACCAUCACUAUGCAACUUCAAAUGCAUUGGACACUGGACAUGAAUUUCAUGGAAUGCAGCGCUCCAAAGAUUUGUUUGAUGUGCAGUGGAUGGACCUGAUAUGCGAUUUGUCAAAUAUGUAAUUU